AAAAAAAUCAUGCUAUUGAAGAAAAUUUUGAAAAUGUCAAAUAUAGUUGUAUACAACUAGAACAGAAAAAGGCUAUAUGUAUGAGGAGUAAGAGCCUCAAUUUCCGCACAAAAUUUGAAAGUCUAGUUCUUACAUCCAUUUUAAUCAUGGCUUUUUCUUCUUCAUACACUGUAUAUCCCACGCUACUUUUCCUGCUGCCAGUUUUGGUUGUAGCUCAAACAUCUCAGAACAUAACAUUGGGCUCCUCAUUAACUGCAGCACUCAAUCAAAACUCUUCCUGGAAGUCUCCAUCUGGGGAUUUCGCAUUUGGCUUCCAACAGAUAAAAGGUGGAUGGUUCUUACUAGCUAUCUGGUUUGACAAAAUACCUGAAAAAACCAUUAUUUGGUCAGCCAAUGGUGGAAAUCUAGUGCAAGAAGGCUCCAAAGUUCAACUUACAACAGAUGGCCAGUUCAAGCUCAGUGACUCAAAAGAGAAGGAGGUAUGGGUGGCUAAUUUGACUGGCUCCGGUAUUGUUUCAUAUGCAGCAAUGCUCAAUACAGGGAACUUUGUGUUGGCCAGCCAGGACUCCAUCAACUUGUGGGAGAGUUUUAAUCUGCCAACUGACACAAUAGUACCCACACAAACAUUGAAAAAAGGCAGCAGACUUGUUGCUCGUUAUGCACAGAUGAAUUAUUCAAGUGGAAGAUUUGCUUUUGUGAUGCAAUUGGGUGGAAAUCUUGUAGCUUUCACCACAAGGUUCCCACCGGAUUCACUGAACGAAGCUUACUGGGCAACAAAUACUGCAGGCAGUGGCUUCCAGGUUAUCUUUAAUCAAUCUGGCUACAUCUACCUAGAAGCUAAAAAUGGAAGCAUACUCAGCUAUAUAGCAUCGAAUGGAUCUUCAUCUAGGGACUAUUACGAACGAGCAAUCCUUGAAUAUGAUGGGGUCUUCAGAUAUUAUGUCUAUACAAAGAACAAGAGCGUUACUGGUGGAAGGACCGUGGGCUGGUCCUUUCUGUCCUAUGUACCAGAAAAUAUUUGCACAAGCAUCCGACAAGGUUCUGGUGGUGGAGCUUGUGGGUACAACAGCUACUGUAUUCUAGGAAAUGAUCAGAGACCUAAAUGCCUGUGCCCACCUGGAUACUCAUACUCAAAUCCAGAUAAUGACAUGAACGGAUGUAAACGGGAUUUUGUCCCACAAGAGUGUGACGGUCCUGGAGGCCAAGAUGCAGAUCUUUUUGAUAUCAAGGAUAUGAUCAACACAGAUUGGCCUAGGUCAGAUUACGAAUAUUUUGAAUUGGUUACUGAGGAUUGGUGCAGAAAGUCCUGCUUAACUGAUUGCUAUUGUGCUGUUGCAUUCUCUAAAAAUGAUCAAUGUUGGAAGAAGAGAUUUCCUCUCGCGAAUGGAAGAUUUGAUACUGGUCUUGGAGGAAAGUCACUUUUCAAAAUAAGGAAAGGCAAUUCUACAUCAACACCUACUACUGAGUGUCCAGGCAUGUGUUCAAAGGAGAAGCAUAAGUCAACUCUGAUUCUUGUUCUGGCUCUGCUCUCAGGUUUCUCAGCAUUUUUUAUCUUUGUUCUAUUGCUUGCUACUCUAUGGUUUGUUUCCGUCUUAAGAUACAGGAAAACAAGCGUGCUUCAACCUUCCAGAGCAACCCAAGGCAUGAGUCUACAAAGCUUCACCUAUAAGGAGCUUGAGGAAGCUACUAAUAAAUUUGAGGAAGAACUUGGAAAGGGCGCUUGUUCAACAGUUUACAAAGGCAUUUUAGAUAUUGGUAAUAAGACUUUUAUUACCGUUAAAAGAUUGGACAAGAUGGAGAAAGACCGCAAUGAGAUGGAAUUUCAAGCAGAAAUGAGUGCAAUUGGCAAGACAAACCACAGAAAUCUUGUACAAUUGCUAGGAUUUUGCAAUGAGGGACAACAUCGGCUUUUGGUGUAUGAAUACAUGAGCAAUGGAUCUUUAGCAUCUUACCUUUUCAAGAAUUCAAGGCCUAGCUGGUAUAAAAGAACUGAAAUUGCUUUUGGAACUGCAAGAGGGCUUGUUUAUUUGCAUGAAGAGUGCAGCGACCAGAUCAUACACUGUGACAUCAAGCCUCAAAAUAUCUUGCUAGAUGACUCCUUCACUGCAAGAAUUUCAGACUUUGGAUUAGCAAAGCUUUUGGAGAAAAACCAGACACGAACUCUUACAGAAAUUAGGGGAACAAGAGGAUAUGUUGCUCCAGAGUGGUGGUUCAGAAACAAGCCUGUCACAGUCAAGGUCGACGUUUAUAGCUUUGGAAUUCUGUUGCUAGAGCUCAUUUGUUGUAGGAGGAGUUUUGAGCAAGAUGCAGAGGACGAAAAUCAAAAGAUAUUGGCUAAUUGGGCAUAUGAUUGCUAUGAAGAAGGGAGAAUGCCACUGCUAGUUCAGAAGGACGAAGAGGCAAUGGAGGACAUUAAGAGGGUAGAGAAGUUUGUAAUGAUUGCCAUCUGGUGCAUUCAAGAUGACCCAUCGCUGAGACCCACUAUGAAGACAGUCUCACAGAUGCUAGAAGGAACCAUUGAAGUUCCUUAUCCUCCAGUCAAUCCCCACUCAUCAGUUUAAUUUAAACCCACCAAAGCCCCAUGAGCUGUUAAUGUUGAAGAAGUGUGGUCAAUAUUGUUGGCUCUUCGGGUCCAUGGGGUGAUCUCUGUUGAUCUUGUGAGGCUUCUUCUCUAGGUACACUCUAGUUACAUGUUAGGUGAAGAAAUGUGUUAGGGCUGUGUUUCACCUAAAUCCUUGAACUCCUGUAUGUUUAUGUUUGACUGCAUUAUUCAAUCAAGAUUGCACCACUCA